UCAAAUUCCUUCUCAAUAUUGCAAUCUUUAAGAAAAUUGUAUAAAUGGGUCAACUAAUAAGCUUAUUAUUUGAUUAAAUAAACACCUCAAUCUUUUAGAUUUUAAAAGCCAUGAUUCACAAAACAUUUUCUUUUUUAUUCAUAGCUAUUUUUUUCUUAAUUUUUUGUCUAUCCUCAACAACAUCCUCUACAAGAUUAUCACAAGCACGUAGGGCUAUUAUGGCUGAUGAUGAUAAUGGUGAUUAUCAGGAUAAUAAUAAUAAUAAUGAUUAUAAUGAUGCUAGCUCACCAGCAAUACCACCUGAGUAUGUUGGUAUUCCAAUGCGACCUCAUUCCUCUAAACCAGAUGAUCAUUCAGCAACUGAUCAACACCCACCACCUGCUGUUAUACACCCACCCCCUGCAACCUCAACGGCAUGCAGUGGAAUGAAUCGACAAGAAUUAGAAAAUUGCAUACGUCGUCAAGUAAACAGGGAUCUGUGCAAGAAUUAUAACAUAUGUUAAAAUGAU